AUGGUCAUUCAAUACCAUCACAUACUCGGGUUGGAUAUCUGUGCAGACAUUAUGGUUGGUGAUGAAAUGAGACGGGGCAUUUCAGGUGGACAGAAGAAGCGUGUGACAACAGGAGAGAUGUUAGUUGGACCUGCAAAAGCGCUCUUCAUGGAUGAAAUCUCAACAGGAUUGGAUAGUUCAACGACCUUUCAGAUUGUCAAGUACAUGCGCCAGAUGGUCCACAUCAUGGAUGUGACCAUGUUAAUCUCACUCCUUCAACCGGCUCCUGAGACGUAUGAUCUCUUUGACGACAUCAUGCUCCUUUCCGAGGGCCAGAUUGUCUACCAGGGUCCACGGGAUAAUGUCCUUGAAUUCUUCGAGUACAUGGGUUUCAAGUGCCCCGACAGAAAAGGGGUAGCCGACUUUUUGCAGGAAGUGACCUCUAAGAAGGACCAGGAGCAAUACUGGUACAGGACGGACCAGCCCUACCAAUUCGUCUCCGUGCCAGACUUUGUUGAAGCAUUCAAGUCGUUCAGGAUUGGCGAUCAGCUCAUAAACGAGCUGCGGGAGCCAUAUGACAAGUCCAAGGCCCACCCAGCGGCACUGGUAACAGAGAAGUAUGGAAUCCCGAACUGGGAACUCUUCAAGGCAUGCUUUGCCAGGGAGUGGCUUCUGAUGAAGCGUAACUCAUUUGUGUAUGUAUUCAAGACCACGCAGAUUACAAUAAUGUCCCUAAUCGCGAUGACAGUUUUCCUAAGAACACAGAUGCCAGUAGGGACGGUAGCAGAUGGGGGAAAAUUUUUUGGGGCCCUUUUCUUCUCCUUGAUCAAUGUGAUGUUCAAUGGGAUGGCGGAACUCGCAAUGACAGUUUUCAGGCUCCCGGUGUUCUACAAGCAGAGAGAUUUCCUGUUCUAUCCUCCGUGGGCAUUUGCUUUACCUAUCUGGGUCCUCAGAAUCCCAUUAUCUUUCUUGGAAUCGGGAAUUUGGAUCAUCCUUACAUACUACACUAUUGGUUUUGCUCCCGCAGCUGGCAGGUUCUUUCGCCAGUUCUUGGCCUUCUUCGGUGUACAUCAGAUGGCCCUGUCUCUCUUUCGAUUCAUUGCUGCAGUUGGAAGGACACUAGUUAUUGCAAACACUCUCGGUACCUUUACCAUGCUAGUGGUCUUCGUCCUUGGUGGCUUCAUCAUUGCCAAAAAUGACAUUCGUCCAUUCAUGUUAUGGGGCUAUUAUGUUUCUCCCAUGAUGUAUGGACAGAAUGCCAUUGUCAUGAACGAAUUCCUCGACAAAAGAUGGAGUGCGCCCAAUUUGGAUCCAAGAAUUAAUGAACCAACAGUGGGAAAGGUCCUCCUAAGCUCAAGAGGUUUCUUCACAGAAGAUUACUGGUUUUGGAUUUGCAUUGGGGCACUGUUCGGGUUCUCUCUUCUAUUCAACGUUUUAUUCGUUGGGGCGCUGACUUGGUUAAAUCCAUUGGGAGAUUCCAAAACAGUGUUGAUGGACGAAGAAGAAGAAAAGAAGAAGAAGAAGAAGAAGUCUUCUGCUCAACAGAGCUCGGAAGGUUUGGACAUGGAACUUCGAAGUUCGGCAGAAGUUACUGGCAGCGGUCCCGAGAAAGGACCACGAAAAGGAAUGGUUUUGCCCUUCCAGCCGCUUUCUCUGGCAUUCAACCACGUGAACUAUUACGUUGACAUGCCCGCUGAAAUGAAAAAUCAAGGAAUCGUUGAAGAUCGUCUUCAACUGCUGAGGGACGUCAGCGGUGCGUUCAGACCAGGCAUUCUGACAGCUCUGGUAGGAGUAAGCGGAGCCGGUAAGACAACCUUAAUGGACGUGUUAGCUGGACGGAAAACUGGUGGUUACAUUGAGGGAAGCAUCAGCAUUUCCGGUUUUCCGAAGAACCAGGCAACCUUCGCUAGGAUCAGCGGUUACUGCGAACAGAAUGACAUUCACUCCCCAUAUGUCACUGUUUACGAGUCCCUCUUGUACUCGGCCUGGCUCCGUCUAUCGUCAGAUGUCAAGCCGAGUUCUCGUAAGAUGUUUGUUGACGAAGUAAUGGACUUGAUCGAGCUGAACCCACUGAGGGACGCACUGGUUGGCCUUCCGGGAGUAGACGGCCUCUCGACGGAACAGAGGAAGAGGCUGACCAUAGCAGUGGAAUUGGUUGCUAACCCAUCUAUCAUCUUCAUGGACGAACCGACUUCUGGCCUCGAUGCUAGGGCUGCUGCUAUCGUUAUGAGAACCGUGAGGAAUACAGUCGACACUGGCAGAACCGUCGUUUGCACAAUCCAUCAACCGAGCAUUGACAUUUUUGAAGCUUUUGAUGAGUUACUAUUGAUGAAACGAGGAGGGCAAGUGAUAUAUGCAGGACCACUCGGCUGCCAUUCCCACAAGCUCAUAGAGUACUUUGAGGCCGUACCCGGGGUUCCAAAGAUAAAGGAUGGCUACAAUCCAGCCACUUGGAUGCUCAAUAUCAGUACACCUGCAGUCGAGGCUCAGCUUGGGGUAGAUUUUGCUGAUGUCUACUCGAAAUCCUCGCUUUACCAGAGGAACCAGGAGCUGAUCAAGGAGCUUAGUACCCCGGCUCCGGGCCUGAAAGAUCUUUACUUCCCGACGGAAUUCUCACAAUCUUUUACCACUCAGUGCAUGGCCUGUUUCUGGAAACAACACUGGUCUUACUGGAGGAACCCGCAGUAUAACGCCAUUCGAUUCUUCCUGACAAUAGUCAUUGGCUUUUUGUUUGGUCUUAUCUUCUGGCAGAAAGGAGAUGAGACAGCCAAACAACAAGAUCUCUUUAAUCUCGUCGGGGCAAUUUAUUCUGCCGUGUUUUUCCUAGGAGCGUCCAACACAAAUUCAGUUCAGUCAAUUGUUGCCAUCGAGAGGACGGUUUUCUACCGUGAAAGAGCUGCUGGGAUGUACUCUCCACUACCAUACGCAUUCGCUCAUGUGGCAAUCGAGACAAUAUAUGUUGCAAUUCAGACAUUUGUUUACACUAUCAUCCUCUACUCGAUGAUUGGGUUCCAGUUGACGGCAGCAAAGUUCCUGUGGUUCUACUACUACAUGCUCUUGUGCUUCAUCUACUUCACCAUGUAUGGGAUGAUGGUCGUCGCACUAACCCCCAGUGUUCAAGUCGCUGCUAUCGUCAUGGCCUUCUUCCUCAGCUUUUGGAAUUUGUUCUCCGGCUUUCUCAUCCCGAGGCCGCAAAUUCCUGUAUGGUGGAGGUGGUACUACUGGGCUUCACCGGUGGCAUGGACGAUCUACGGGCUUGUGACCACUCAGGUUGGAGACAAGAAUGCCGACCUUGUGAUCCCUGGAGCCGGUACCAUGCCCUUGAAGAUGUUCCUAAAACAGUAUUUUGGCUUCGAGCAUGACUUUCUGCCGGCCAUAGCGGUGGCUCACGUGUUGUGGUGCGUCCUCUUCUUCCUCGUCUUCGCCUACGCCAUAAGGUUCCUCAAUUUCCAAAGGAGAUAGAGAUCAACCUCUCAGCAUUGAUUUGAUUUAUGCUUCCUAUUUGAAACUUCAUGAUACAAUCAGUUAAUGAAGGAAAGUUCAAUGUAGCAAACAAGAUAAUUUUUCCUUUUUCUUUUUUUUUUCCUAAUUUUUAUUUUUUUUCCUGUAAUUAGUGUUCUUUUCCCACACUGAAAACACAAUGGAAGAGAUUUUUGCUUAAUUGUAUGUAGGAGAUGUCGCUGCCGAUUGUUUCUUCAUAUAUAAACUUCAACCUUAAGCAUUUGGUAAAA